AUGGCGAGCUAUACAGACUGGGCUGAUGAGGCCCAUAGAAAAGAUUACCUCAAUCCUAGUAUUCGUUGGAGUAAGAGUGUAAAGACGGGUCUAGGUUAUAAAUACUAUAAUAAAUACGGAACAUCUCUGCUGGUAAGACAAAACAUUCUAUCUCAAGUUUUCAUGGAGAAUAAGCAUAACCCUAAUUUUCUCAGAGCAGAUGCAUCCAGUUACUGGUCCGAUCUUCCUGUAGAUCUCUUGACUUCAGUGUUGGAACGCCUCAGCUUUGUUAAUUUCCAACGAGCUACAUCUGUAUGCUCCUCUUGGUACUCUGCUUCCAGAGAAGUCGUAUCCAAAAACCAUCAGAUCCUUUGGCUGAUUCUCUUCCCGGAAGAAGACGACAACAACAAUUCAUAUUGCACGUUGUUCAGUCCCGAGGAAAAACACAAACUCUACAAAACGCAAGAUCUUGGCGUUGAAUUUGCUAAGAGUGUGUGUAUAACAACCUAUGGAAGCUGGCUCCUUAUGCGGGAUCCGCGGUAUAAUCUCUACAUUUUGAAUCUUUUUACCGACGAAAAGAUUGAUCUGCCAUCUGUGGAGUCACAACUUGGAACAACAAAGAUUGAGCGAGGUUUAGAUGAUUGGUUUCUCGUUUCUAACGAUCAAUUCGAAAGGAAGGUCAAAUUUCUUAGUAUGGGAUCCCCUGUGAUUUGGAUUGACGAGAAAACCAAAGAAGAUUAUAUAGUUCUUUGGGGACUUGGAAGUUGGUGUGUGUUUUAUGCCAAGAAAGGAGAUACCUCGUGGAACCAGGUUCCGGGAUUAUCGCAUUGUCUUCACAUGGUUUACAAGGAUCACAAGCUUUACUUCUCUAGCACCAUAAAUAGUUUCACAAUCUUAGAUUUUUCUGGAGAUAUUCCUCAACAAACGAUGUACCGGCAGGCUACACAUUCUAGUUUACCCAAACCAAUGUACUUUUUAUUCGGUUUCUUUUUGAAAUUUGAUCUUGUUCCCCCAAUCAAUGUACCGGCAGGCUACACAUUCUAG